CCUUCACACUUAUAUUUUUUUCUGGAAAUCUCUCUCUCGAGGAGAAAUCAAUGGUCAGAGGAUUUCUGCAAUGUCGGUGAAUUCGGAUCAAAACUGCAGAGUUGUUAGUGUUGAUGAUCAAUCAGGAAAUGAAACCCUAAUGGAAAAUCGAAAUAAUCUGGAUUUAGUUUGUGAAUCGGUUAUUGAUGAUGGGGUUAGGGUUUUUGGAGAAGGUAAUGACGUUGUUAAGGGUUUAAGAGUGCAAAUGGAAGGUUUAGGUGUGGAGAUUGAUUUGGGUCCAUGUGAUCUCGAAGGUGAAAUGGGGUUUGCAGGGUAUGGUCGGCUUGAUGGUGAGCUUGUGGUUGAUUUGACGGGAUUUUCACAUCUUGCACGAAGGGGGAAUGUAGUAGAAGGAGCCGACAACAUGCAAGAGGUAUCAGGUGGGACAAAUGGAUCUGUUCCUGAUGGUAGAACAGUCAACAUUAAUGAUGGUAUGGAUGUUGGGCCUGAUGCUAUCGUUCCAGAAAGACGAGGGGUUAAGCACCGAAUGGAAGAGGAAGGGAAGUUUUACGUGUCCGAUUUAGUAUGGGGUAAGGUGAGGAGUCAUCCUUGGUGGCCUGGGCAGAUAUUGGACCCUUCUGCUGCAUCAAACAGCGCAAUGAAAUACUUUAAAAAGAAUUGCUAUCUUAUAGCGUAUUUUGGUGACCAGACAUUUGCAUGGAAUGAAGCAUCUAGCAUUAAGCCAUUUAAGAUGUACUUCUCUCGAAUGGAGAAACAGAGCAACUCAGAACACUUUUCUCAUGCAGUGAACUGUGCUCUAGAUGAAGUCUCUAGACAGGUUGAGUUGGGACUCGCCUGCCCAUGUUUGCCGGAGGAAACCCGAGCAAAAAUGAAAUCUCAGAUUGUUGCAGAGGCUGGUAUCCAGUCGGAAUCAAACAUGAGAAUUGGAGGUGACAACUUUUCAGAUCAAACCCCAUUUAACCCUACCGAACUUGUUAGAACACUCAAGUCAGUAGCAGCAGCUCCACAUUCCCGGCUUGACAGAUUGUCUUUUAUGUUGGCAAAAGCUCAAUUGGCGGCCUUUAAUCGCUGGAAUGGUUAUAAUGAGCACCCAGUAAUAGAAGAAUUUAGCGAUUUGUUUGAGAAUGAUAAUGAUGUUGAACCACUGCUUGGGAAGAAAGAUGCUAGUGAUGUGGCGUCGGAGGAAAAUUCUAAUGUCCAAGGUACUUCCUCAACAAAGCGUCCUCGUUGCUCGGGGAUUGCUGAGCACCCUGGUAAAAAAGUAAAAUCAAUGUCCGUGUUGGUGUAUGGGAGCAGUUCACGUAUAUCAAAUGAUCAGAAGAAAUCUAGAGGGAUAGCUGGGCGAGAGAGGAAGUCUGUGUCUUCUGAGAAGAGACAUUUAACAUUUGAAUAUAUGCCUAGCAAUUCAAAGGCAAAAAGAAGGAAAAAAGAAUUGUCACCAACCAGUGGUAACAAGAUGUCUUUACCAUCUCAUAAAGCUGCAAGGCGAAAUCUCAAGUCUAUUGACAGAAACUCCCGAAGAACGAGCGAGCAUAAUGAGAACUCGAUAAAUAUUGGUUUUGGAGAUUCAGUACUUGGUCUCGUGAAAUCUGAAGGAGAACAGUUGAUUCCAAAAGAAUUCCCUUCUCCAACAGAAAUGCUCUCAAAGCUCUAUUCGGCAGCCAGGGAUCCCAUGAAUGCGAGUAGUAUUUUGCUGUCACAAGCUAGUUUGUUCUGUGAUUAUAGGAAUUUAACUUGCUCGGAAACUACUGUGUCAGCAGACCACUCAAAGCCGACAGAAAAGCAUAUAGGACAAAAUUCAUCCAACUCAGCAUCUGCUGAAACUUUGUCGAUAGAAGGUAUUGAGGAUUCGUAUUGGACUGAUAGGAUUAUUCAAUGCAACCCCGAAGAUCAGGUGUUAUUUGAACCAGAGGUCCAAAACGAGGAGGAUUUUCCUAAUGCUAGAUGGGAGACUUCUCCUGGCCUGAGUCCGAUCUUGGACUAUAAACAAGAAGUAGGCCCGUUGGUUGAGAAUUCAGAAAGAGAAAAUCUAUCUGAUCUUGUGGAUGGAAGUUCCGAAUACUCCCCAACCACGCUGAUUCUUAAGUUUUCAGAUUUAGAAUCAGUUCCUCCCAUAGCAGAUCUAAACAUAAUAUUUAGUCAGUAUGGUCCACUUUGUGAAUCUGAGACCAAGCUUAUUCACAAGAGAAAGCAAGUAAGAGUUGUUUUCAAGAGGCGUGCCGAUGCUGAAACUGCUUUUAGCAAGUCAGGGAAAUUCAGUAUUUUUGGUCCAUCACUCAUCAGUUACCGCCUACAGUAUUCACCAUCACCACGCAAAGCAUCUUGUACCUCAAAACGUAAAAGGAAGUAUGCAGCAUCAGUAGCAGUGAAGGGCGUUCAAAACUGAAAAUUCUCAUUAUACAGCUAUGGCAGCGGCGGCAGAGGACUGGGCAGGAUUGCCUCAUGAUCUCCUUGUUCUGAUUGCAAAGCAUGUUAAAGUGAUGGAAGAUUUCAUUGCUUUCAGUGGUGUUUGUACCUCAUGGCGAACUGCUUCUACUAAGGACAAUUUUGAUAUGCUUUAUCCCCAACUUCCUUUACUAAUGCUCCCUGAUAAAGAUGACGAUUAUCGAGAAUUUUACUCUCUUUCCAAAGGUAAAGUUUCGCGUAGAUUGUACCUCCCUGAGGCUAAAGGCCGAGAAUGUUUCCCGUCUGAUCAGAUGGGAUGGCUUCUCACCCAAUCAUUAGACGGAAAAGAGGUCAGUUUGUUGAAUCCUUUCUCACGUACCCAAAUUCAACUUCCAAAUCAAUUUGCCUUAAGUGGUUUUCUAGGUUUAGAAGAAGAGGAGGAGGAGGAAGAAGAAGAAGAAAAGGAAUAUCGUUACAUCAGAAACGCUAUUUUAUCUGCCAAUCCAUCGUUUACAUCAGAUUAUGUACUCGUCAUUGCAUAUAACACAGAUGUUAAUCAUUUGGCUUUUUGGCGACCUGGAGAUAUUAAUUGGACUGAAUUUGAAAUUGUUUAUAGAAUCGGUGGAGUCUCCAAUAUGAUUUACUACAAGAGCAGAUUCUAUCUUGUUUCUUGGAGCGCUGAAAUAGGUAUCAUUGAUGUUCAAGACGGUCCUGAACCACGCGUAGAAUCGCGCUUGAUUUAUCUUAACGAUAAUCGGGACUUGUUUUCACAAGGUGAUGUUCAAUACUAUCUUGUUGAGGUAAAUGAUGCACUAUUACUUGUUGUCCGAUUUGGUAGAAAGCGUCCAAAUAUUGAAGAUGGCCUGGACACUUUUAAAUGUGAAGUAUAUGAAUUAGAUGCAAUAGAAGGUAAGUUGAAAGAGAUUAACGACUUGGGAGAUUCAACUAUUUUUUUGGGUCUCAAUGGAGCAACUUCCAUUGAUUCCCCUAAAUUUACCGGAGUUAAGCCUAAUCAUAUAUAUUUUACUGACGAUUGGUUUGAAGAGAACUACUUUUUGGAAUGUGGCGGUGGAACAGACACAGGGGCUUACAAUCUUGAAGAUGGAAGUAUUGAAUCUUUUUAUCCUGAAUUAUCACUAAGUCGUCCUUGUCCGCCAACUUGGGUUAUACCAUCAUUAUGAUCAUGAGGAGUUAUGGUGUUCUAUACUGGUCCAAUUUGUGAAACAAGCGAAACUACUUUCAGCUAGUCA